UGCAAACAUGAAGCGUGCAUUGGUGUGUGUGCUGAUGGCUGCCUGGAGCCUCGGAUGUGGCAGCCAGACGGUGCACCAGCCAGCAGAGAAUGUGUACGCCAUGAAAGGCGACUCAGUGACGCUGGACUGCAGCUAUGAAAACUCUGGAAGCAACGACUACAUCUUCUGGUACAAACAGGACGGGCAGGCGGCACCAAAGUUCAUCCUGAGCCGCUUCAAGAUUGGUCAGGGCAAGACUGUGAGCAGCUUUGAAAAGAGGUUCAGCUGCAGCAUCAAUGACACCGCCAAGCGAGCUCCUCUGAAGAUCCAAGACGUGCAGCUGAACGACUCUGCAGUCUUCUACUGCGCCAUGCAAAAUGCUGCUGUAGGCUACAAGAUCAUCUUCGGCGGUGGAGCCCGCUUGACGGUUGAAAGCCAGGAGGACUUGGCGCCAUCUUUCUACAAAAUGGAGGGCAACGUGACAGCUUGCCUCGCCACCGGCUUCAGUAGACACAACGCCGCGGAGAAGGCAGGAAAAAAAGAGGCGUUUAAGGGCUCGCAUGCCGCGCGGAUAUCGGGCGAGUCGCUGUACAAUCAAGUGGCGUUGCUCACGGCCGAGAAAGCCGACUUGUGCGAGAAAGGUGACAGAGGACCGGGGCGCUGCCAGGACGCUUUAGCGCCGGAUGAGAAGGUCAACCUGGUCUCCCUCACAGUCCUCGUUCUCCGUCUUAUCUUCGCCAAGACGCUCGCCAUCAACGGCGUCAUGACGCUGCGCCUGUGGCUCGCUGCGCCUUAAUCGGCUGCGACUCAUCACCUUUCACUUCUGAACAGAGGCAGAGUCACGCUGUGUGUGUGUGUGUGUGUGUGUGUGUGUGUGUGUGUGUGUGUGUGUGUGUGUGUGUGUGUGUGUGUGUGUGUGUGUGUGUGUGUGUGUGUGUGUGUGUGUGUGUGUGUGUGUGUGUGUGUCAACUUGUGCUUAUGAUUCAAAGAGUUACAAAAUGUCAAUAAAACAAUAAAAGUCAAAUAA